ACUGCACGGGCGAUUGCAGCUUGAUAGGGUCCAACGUUGAGAGAGCAGUUCUGUUCAGGAGUAGGAUGCGCGUCUUCUUUGUCAUUUUGGCCAUUGGCUUCUUCUUUAAAGAAGCGCAGGCUUGGGGCUUCAAAAAUGGGAUAUUUCAUAACUCCAUAUGGCUGGAGCAAGCUGCCGGUGUCUACCACAGGGAAUCGCGUAAUGGCCGAUACCAGCUGACAUACAAGGACGCCAAGGCAGUGUGCAAAUAUGAAGGAGGAAAGCUGGCCACUUACGAUCAGUUGGAGGCUGCUCGCCAAAUAGGUUUUCACGUGUGUGCGGCUGGGUGGUUUGAUAAAGGACGUGUGGGCUACCCUAUUGUCAAAGCUGGUGCCAACUGCGGUUAUGGUAAGGUUGGUAUCAUCGACUAUGGGUACAGGCUGAACAAGAGUGAGAAAUGGGACGUCUACUGUUACAACCCAAACUCAAAGGAAUGUGGAGGUACUCUGACAGACCAGCAGAAGAUCAUUCAGUCACCUGGUUACCCAGAGGAGUACCAGGAUGAGCAGAUCUGCUACUGGCAUAUCCGUGUACGCUACGGACAGAGGAUACGCCUGCACUUCCUGGAGUUUGAUGUGGAGGAGGACAUGUCUUGUCUAGCAGACUACCUGGAGAUCUAUGACAGCUAUGAUGAUGUAUCUGGCUUUGUUGGGAGAUACUGUGGAGAUUACUUACCAGAUGAAAUAAUAAGCACAGGAAAUGUGAUGACACUAAAGUUCCUGUCCGAUGCCUCUGUAGUUUCAGGGGGCUUCCAGCUCGAGUACAUAGCUGUCAAUGCUUCUCUCCUCCACCACGAGGAUAAAAAAGCUAUAUAUUGACCAAUUAUUUUAUAUAUGCCUUUUUAAUUUGAAUGUAUUUUUUAUUGUAUUUAUAAUGCUCUAGUUUUACUAAUGUAAAGGAUUUGUGUAUCCACAUUGUCAUCUACAAAAAGACACAAAUCAAUAAAAUAUGUCCUAGUUUU